AUGUUCACUCUUACCAUCUCUUCAUCUCUGGCUUCACUUCAACAUCACUUCAACACAUCCAACGAUGGCAUCGAUUUAUUGAAACAAUUGGAUAACUCAUUGAAACAACGAUCACUGUUUGGCGUGAAGUCGUCGUCCAGUGAUUCCCAAACACAACAAAACACUAAUGAAAGCACUGAACAAAACACCGGCAAAGAAGACAAUGAGUUAUUGUCGCAAAUGAAAGAAGAAAACAAAAAAUUAGUUGAUUUGGUGGCAGAAAUCGACGACAAAUACAAGAGAUCUUUAGCCGACGCGGAGAACACACGGAUCAGAAUGAGAAGACAAGUGGAAGAGGCAAAGAUUUAUGGCAUUCAAGCAUUUUGUAAAGAUCUGUUAGAUGUGGCCGAUGUGUUGCACACAGCCAUCGAUUCAGUUCCCAUCCAAGCCAUCACUCAUGACAAUAGUGAACAAAACAAAGCCCUUAAAUCUCUGUAUUCAGGUCUUCAGAUGACUGAAAAACAGUUACAAAGUGUCUUUAAAAGACAUGGAUUAAUACAAAUGAAUCCAAUCGGCGAGAAGUUUGAUCCCAAUUCACAUCACGCGCUCUUCGAAGCUGUUGUGGCCGACAAAGAGCCGGGAAGUGUGGCUACAGUUACCAAAGUUGGCUACAAAUUGCACGAAAGAACUAUUAGACCCGCAAUGGUUGGCGUCGUUAAGGCCAACAAUUAGUACUUUCAUUCAAUUACUAUCAAUUAAAAUCAUUAUUUUAGUCAAUAUUUGAUAUAAUCUUUGAAUAAAAUGUUUUAAGAGUUAAUA